AUUGCACAUUACUUCCCACCGGCUGCCUAAUUGGGAGACUUCUCCCUAGAACCGUAGAGGCGUCUACGAAAAAAGAAAAGAAAAAAAACUAGAGGUUCGGUGAUAGUCCCGGUAUAACAGCCUGUAUAUUUGCUCAUUUUUCUUGGUCAUAAUGGACUAUUGUCAUCUUUUGCUGUUCUAAUAUUAGCAUUGAUAAUUUCUUCCCCUUCUUUUCCCUCGUUUUUCUCUUUAAUCUUGUAAAUUUCAGAUGUAGCUACGCCUUUUUGCCUGACAUGCCCGUCACAGUCAGGCCGUCAAAUAAUGGGUCGACAUCCUGGGCAGGUCGCAAAUAUCGACUCGCAUCGUCGCCCGAGAUCUUGCUACAUUACACGCUAACCGACGACACGCGCACCAGCCCACCGCGGGCCAGACAGUUGGUACAGAGUUCGUUUGCGGGGCUCGAGAGGAAGGACAACGUCUUCGCCACGAAGAACGGAUUUGUUCAUGCGUGCGUGGAUGCGUAUAAUGAGCAUUAUUGCCUGGUGAUAAGACCGGAGGAUGUCUGGUUCGCUAUCCUAACGCAGUUUUGCUCAUACGUUAACGGGCACGCGGAGGAGUUGCGCAAGCGAUUUUGCACCUACGAGGGUCAACAGGAGUUACAUAUCGACGUCGAUCUAGACGACGCCGACCAUGGUAAAUUGGCGUAUAUAAUGACGAAAAUAUUGGGCGAAAGACUGCGGGACGAGCACCUGCAACAAUGGGUCUUGCCGGCUUUCACGACUACGACUAAGAUAGAUCAGGCCGUCGCCAGCAUCAUAUUUAUGGGCACGAUGCAGAAGUAUUUCACAUAUAGUUGGGGGACGAGAUGCGGAAUACCGUCCGUAAACUUACUCGGCGAGGAAAGCGAUUGGACUAAGAUCCGGGAGCGAGUUGAGCGGCUGGAGACUUUAGGCUCGGAACCCUCCCGAUGGCUUCGGUUGCUUAGGCCUAUCUUAGACGGGUUUAUUGCCAGUUUCAGAGACCCAGAGAGUGAUACCACAAGAAGGUUCUGGCAGGGCAUCUGCAAUGAACAGGUACCUAACGGUAGCGGCACUACGACUUACUCUGGAUGGAUUACAUCGUUCUGCUUCUGGGAUGAGAGCGGCAGAUGUCUGCACGGGGCAAAACCGGGACAGGAGGUCAGUUUGACGAGGAGCCAGAUGCCAAGCGGAUUCAGCAAAGUGCCAGUGACGCUGCUGAAGGACGGCAUCGAGAUCCCGACCGAGAUGGUGGCCGGGUCGAUGGCGAUACGAGCAUUUCGGUCCAAAGAGGUGGUCAACGCUGGUGGUAGACCGCAGAUGCGCCGAAGCACGGGAAAUGAUACGAUACAGCCCGAAGUCGGAUGGUUCAUGUAUAAGACAUGACAUGGCAUGACCCUGCUAGGGGACAUGGUAGUAUCUAUCACUCUAACUAAUGUAUAAUCGUAACCCAUCCGCGAAG